UGAAUAACGUCACGGUGUCCAGUCGGCCUGUAUUUAUCAAUAAAUGAAGUAUACGGACACUUUAUAUGUAAUUAUGUAUGUAAUAUGACAGUGAUACAAUUUCGUUGAUUUUUAGUGUAAAAAAAUUGUUUGCCAUCAAGAAAAGUAAAGUUUAAUAAGGAUGAUCUUGACGUUUCCGAGGAGUACUUGAAUACAGCAUGAGAUCAGUCGUGUUUAGACGUGUUUCUGUUUGUCUAUUGCUUCGCUAGUGUUUUUAACACACUCCAUGUUAUUUUGUAUAGUUUGAACGCUUGGCUAUUCCACGGUUUCGUGGAAAAUUACCAAAAUGAGCAUGGCAUCGAAACUGAAAGCCGGGAAAGUUGGCUCUAAGAGUAAGGAGGAUGCUCCCUAUGAGUUGGAGAAUCAGUUCAUCCUGCGGCUGCCAACAGAGUAUGCAUCUACUGUAAGGAGGAUCGCCCAGUCUAGUAGUAUGAAUAUGAAGGACAGACUCACCAUUGAAUUGCACCCUGAUGGUCGCCAUGGCAUUGUGAGAGUGGACCGUGUCCCUCUGGCCUGCAAACUGGUGGAUCUGCCCUGCAUCAUUGAGUCUCUCAAGACGGUGGACAAGAAGACUUUAUAUAAGACAGCUGACAUCUGCCAGAUGCUGGUGUGUACACUAGAUGGAGACCUGUACCCUCCUUUAGAGGAGCCCACUGGCACCGAUCCCAAGACCAAGAAGAAGGACAAAGACAAGGACAAGAAAUUCAUUUGGAACCACGGCAUCACCUGUCCUCUCAAGAACACACGCAAGAGAAGAUUUCGCAAGACGGCAAAAAAGAAGUACAUCGAAUCUCCCGACGUAGAAAAGGAGGUGAAGCGGCUGCUGAGCACAGAUGCUGACGCCGUCAACGUCCGGUGGGAAGUCAUAGCAGAGGACGACAUGAAAGACGGAGACCAGCACGGCUCGCUGGCCAACCUGGACUCAUCCCCCGGCACAUCAGGACACAAGAUGGGUCAUGGAUCCUCAACCCAGCGUGACGAACUGCGGGAGAUCUUCAACGAUAUCAGCAGCUCCAGCGAGGACGAGGAGGACGACGUGGACCGCCACGAGGACGAAGACUUGAACAUCAUGGACACGGAGGAUGACCUGGUCCAAGACAAGCUGCACGAGUCCAACCCUGCGCAACCUGAGUCAGACACCAACAAUCAAAUAGUGAUGGAGUACCAGGUGCAGAUCAACGGCAUCAAGGCGAAGCUUCAGGAAACGCGAGCCCGGAAGAAGCAACAGGAGGAGCUGAUUAUGAAAGUGGAAAACCAGGCCCUUAAAAACCGAUUCCAAGCGUGUUUGGAUGAGAUCAUUCAGCAGGAGGAGCGCGAGAUGGAGCAGCUGGCCUCGCUGGAGGAGCAGCUAGACUCGCUGAUUGAGAAGUGAGCAGCAGGGGGCACCCUCAUGACACCCUUAGCACCACACGCGUGACCGAAGAAGAGGACGAGGAUUAGGAAGAGGAGGAGGAUGCGAUGCCUUGACACAGUCUUGCUGUGUCAUUCCUUUUUAGGUGGAUAUUUUUACGCAGACCUCAGAGAGCACGCCAAUUUGCAUUUCCCCUCAGAACACGUUGUUUGUAGCUGUGUCAUUAAAGUGUU